AGGCCAUAACUGGAGCAGCUCUUUGGACAGUUCCUGUUUGGAUCCACAGGACGUGUUCUUAUUGGUCCAUCUCAUUUAAGCUGAUCUGAGGGGGUCCUCCCCCACCACAUCACUUUCUGUUCACUUCCUGUUUGGUCACAUGACUCUGAGGAGCAGAGCUUCAUUCACAAUUUGUUCGGCCAUGUUUUGCUGACAUAAUCAGACCCCGCCCCCUCUCCCCUCUGGCCCCGCACCAUGGCGCGCUGUGAUUGGCCGUCGUUUCUGUGCAUCCUGUGUGUCUCCAUGGCGACCGCAGUGACAUCAUCAAUCCCCCCAGACCAGGAGCCAAUCAGCAUCGUCUCCUGGGAACAGUCGUUGGCCUUCCCGUGUUUUCAGGGCUCUCUUCAGGACAAUGACACUCGGCGACUCGGUCUGGACUUCCAGAGAAUGAUCCGAGUUCAACACAUGCUUUACAUCGCUGCAAGAGAUCAUGUUUUCGCUGUGAAUCUGUCGACGGCUGCAGAAAACUUUGUGCCUCAAAUGAGUCUGACCUGGAAAUCUAAAGACGUGGGAAAAUGCACUGUGCGAGGAAAGAACAGCGAUGAGUGUUAUAACUACAUCAAAGUCCUGGUCCCUAAAGAUGACUCGACGCUUUUCGCCUGUGGCACCAACGCCUUCAACCCCACCUGUAGGAGCUACCAGAUGCGUUCUCUGCAGCAGGAGGGAGAGGAUGUGAUUGGACAGGCACGGUGUCCCUUUGAGUCGGGACAGUCCAACGUGGGAAUUUUUGCCGGAGGAGACUUUUACUCGGGCACUAUGACAGACUUCCUGGCGUCAGACGCAGUGAUCUACCGCAGUUUAGGCGAGGGACGCCCAGUACUCAGGACGGUUAAGUACGACUCCAAGUGGCUCAGAGAGCCACACUUUCUUCAUGCCAUCGACUUUGGGAACUAUGUCUACUUCUUCUUCAGAGAGAUCUCUGUGGAAUACACAGCCUUGGGAAAGGUGGUAUUCUCUCGUGUGGGUCGAGUUUGCAAAAAUGAUGAUGGAGGAUCUCCCCGAGUCCUGGACCGACACUGGACCUCCUUCUUAAAGGCUCGUUUAAACUGUUCGGUUCCCGGGGACUCGUUCUUUUACUUCGAUGUUCUUCAGUCGGUCACAAACAUUCUGCAGAUCCAGGGGCGCCCCGCUGUGGUUGGGGUCUUCACUACUCAGACUAACAGUAUUCCGGGAUCAGCGGUCUGCGCCUUCUUCAUGGACGACAUUGAAAACGUUUUUAAUGGAAAAUUUAAAGAACAAAAAACCUCAGAUUCAUCCUGGACUCCCUUGCCCGAAAACCAGGUCCCAAAACCCAGACCGGGCUCGUGUGCUGGAGACCCGCCCGCUGAGGAUUAUCGUUCCUCAGUCCAGUUUCCAGACCAGGUCCUGAGCUUCAGUAAGAGCUUCCCUUUGAUGGACCCGAGUGUGUGGGCCAUACUCAACCGCCCACUGUUCACCCAGACCACCUCCAGGUCCAGACUCUCCUCUCUGGCCGUGGACGUCUCCGCUGGACCUCACUGGGACCAGACUGUACUGUUCCUCGGGUCUGAGGACGGAAAAGUCCUCAAAGUCCUCCUCAAAUCCCACAACCAGACCUUCAGUCCGGUCCUACUGGAGGAGAUCCCAGUCUACAACCCUGUCAGGUGUGGCAUUCAGGGGCAGUCGGACAGGAGGGUUCUGUCUCUGGAGCUGGACAGAGAGAAUCGUGGUGUGUUCGUGGCCUUCAGGAGCUGUGUGGUCCGAGUUGCAGUGAGUCGCUGUGAGGUGCAUCGUGGCUGCCAGAGGUCGUGUUUGGCAUCUCAGGAUCCAUACUGCAUCUGGCUUCGGACUGGACGCUGUGAGAAUUUCUCUCCUGGAUUCAAAGCGGGGUUUGAGCAGGACCUGGAUGGAGACCCUUCUCUCUACACAGAAUCGUGUCACGGCAGCAUCAUGGCGACGACACGGAACCACGACUUGGCUGACUCUGCAUACGGAGUUGGUUCCCUCUCGGACUCUCAUGUUCACUACACGCUCCUCGUCGCCUGCGUUCUCGUGGCGUUCUCUUUGGGUGCCAUUUUAGCUGGGUUCCUCGUUUCUUGCUAUUGUCGAGGCCCCGCCCACCGAGCCACGCCAUUGGCCAAGGACCCGGAAGGUUCAUUACCUCACGCCCUUUCUCUACGCUCAUUGGCCAAACUCAACGGACUCCUGGACCACACCAGCAAGGAGCGGUUGGAUGUGUCCAGGCUCUACAGUUCUCUGGUGAAUGGGUCCGAGCUGAACCUGGUGCCGCCCCCUGAGCCGCCCGUGGGGGGUGCCGCGGACCUCAGCCUCUCUCAGACUCUGUCUCAUGCCGAGGGGGAGUUUGAGUCCACAUUACCCACUCCAGAGUCCAGCCCCAGACCCCGGCGCUGCAAGAGUCCAGACCAAGACCAGGACCAGAGCCAAGACCAGGACCCGAGCCAGGACCAGGACUACAGCCGGGAUCAUAACCAGAUCUGCCCCAGCGCAUCCUCUGACCACGAUUCCUCCGGCCCCGCCCCCUCCGGCCCUACUCCUUCCUUCGUAGCGUUCGUGGGACACUCAUCUGUGUUCCAGACGGCGGCGUGUAAGAGCGACAGCAUUCUGACCAAUGGGACGGUUGGGACGGCGCAGUUCAGCGACAGGAGAACAGCCAAUCAGGAGCCAGUGUCCACGGGGGGCCGGGCAUACCUCCUCCAGUCACAGACAUCACUGCCUCAGGUGGACGUCUCAGCGCUGGACGAGCUGCUGCGACACAUCCACGAGGUGAGCGCUUCAGGGACAGGAGGAAUCAAAGUCCUGACAUCGACCUCAUCUUCUGGGUUGUACCCCCCCCUGCACCCAAACCACCCCCACCUGCACCACCCUCACCACCCUCACCUGCAUCAGUCCCCCAAAGACGCGUCCCCCUCCAAAGCCCCACCCCCUCACAACAGCACCACUCGCACUCACCACUACACUCCCAAAUCCCAGGAUCAGAGCUCUGUGGGGCCCAAGCUCCUGGACCCGCUCCUCAACUCCAAACGCCAUGCCCCCCUGCAGCCCCGCCCCUCCAGCGGCCACGCCCCUAGACAGCUCGUCAAGAUGGCUGCCGUGUCGAGGACUCCCAGCCUCAACCAGGUCCAGACACAGGCCGGGUUUUUAGCCCGAAUGAACACGAACAGCAGCAGUAAUGGUCCCCCGAGGGGAGUUAAACCCUUGGUUAGCCUGACGCGGCAGCACAGCUACAGCGAAGGACCCAAACCUCAGAGAGUAACCGUGAGGAGGAGCCUGUCCCUGAAGCCACAGAUACCCCCAAAACCACUGUUUCUGCCCAACGCUGCUAUGCUAACCGAGACAUUAACCGAGACAUUACCGGAGACACUAACGGAGAGGCUAACAGGAGAUAGAUAUGAGAAAUAA